CUUCACAAUCAAUCCACUGAGCUGUGCCACACGAAUUGCCAGUUAUGCAGUGGCCAAUGAACAAUGGUACCGCUUCAACAGCGAUACCGACUUCCAUCAAGAUGCAGCCAGCACUCUGUCGCCCAUAACCCAUCCAACGGAAGCUCGACAUAGGUGGGGUCCGCACGAAUGAAGACGCUGCUCGCUACAGACCUCGGUCGUUACGCGUCCGACACGCUCACCCCGCGGCUACGUCUGGUCAAGUAGUUGUUAACCAAUGCAGUAUGUAUGCAGUUAUGUUUCUCUCAAAACCGCUGCGUCUUCUUCGAUGUAUCAAGCAACAUGUCGAUCCAGACUGAUCUUUUCAUCAACGGCGAAUACGUGCCCUCGUCUUCAGGCGAGACAUUGAGUAUCUACAACCCCAAUGACGACUCCCUCGUCACCGACAAAGUGCAAGCCGCGUCCGAGAAGGACAUUGACAAUGCAGUCGCUGCGGCUAAAGCAGCCUUCCCAAAGUGGCGAAAUACUGCUGGACAAAAGCGUGCAGCUAUCAUGUUGAGAUUUGCCGAUCUGCUCGAGAAGAAUGCUGAGAGACUUGGUCAGCUUGAGUCUCUGGCGAUGGGCCAGCCCAUGUCAUUGGCGCCAUUGUUUGUCAAAUCGACGGUAGCAAAUUGGAGGUACUAUGCCGGCCUUGCAGGAAAGGUCGCCGGCGAGAGCUACCCGCCAGACGAAGACGGGACCUACAAGAUCGUCCAGUAUGAACCGCUGGGAGUGUGCGCCGGAAUCUGUGCUUGGAACGGUACCCACGUCCUUGCGGGUUGGAAGAUGGCUCCGGCGAUGGCCACGGGCAAUACGUUCAUUCUCAAGUCUUCGGAGAAGUCGCCAUUAGGAUUAGCGGCAUAUGGUGAACUCAUCAAAGAGGCCGGCUUUCCGCCCGGCGUCAUCAACAUUGUCGCGGGCGCGGGAAAAGUCGGCGCUCUGCUCGCAGGUCACAUGCAGAUCUCGAAGAUUGCUUUCACUGGCUCAGCCGCAGUUGGCAGGCAGGUGAUGUCUUCGGCCGCCAAGUCUAACCUUAAGCAUGUCUCCCUUGAACUCGGCGGCAAGAGUCCAGCCAUGAUCUUCGAUGAUGCCGAUCUUGAUAAUGCCGUCGAGCACAGCUCUGUAUCGUUUCUUCGCAACUCCGGCCAGAUCUGUUUCGCAGCUUCGCGUGUCCUGGUUCAAGAGGGCAUUGCGCCAAAGUUCAUCGAGGCCAUCAAGACAGCAUUUGAGAAAGCAUCAGACAAGAUGGGCGAUCCUUCAGUCAAGGACACAUUGUUCGGCCCGCUAGCUGAUAAGAAGCAAUUCGAUCGCGUUAUGGGCUUCCUGUCCGACGGGAAGAACGAGGGCGUCCAGUACCUCACUGGUGGCGCACGUAAAGGCGAGAAAGGCACGUUCGUGCAGCCUACCAUCAUUCUCAAUCCGGAUGUCAAGUCGAAGGUAUACACCGAUGAGAUCUUCGGACCAGUGAUCUCUGUGAAGACUUUCAAGACUGAGGAAGAAGCGCUAGCCUUGGCAAACGACACCACGUACGGACUCGGCUCAACGAUAUACACAUCAGACAUUGCUCGUGCUCUGCGUGUAGCUGGCAAGAUCGAGGCAGGAACCGUGGGGAUCAACUCGGCAUUCAAUACAUCACCUCAGACACCGUUUGGAGGCUUCAAACAAAGCGGCGUCGGUCGAGAGAGCGGCAAAGAGGCUCUCAAGGAAUAUCUUCAGCCGAAGACAAUUCACAUCAACAUGGGUCUCAAGCCCAAGAUAUGAGUAUCAGUGAUUGUCUAGUAUAUGCAGAGAUGCUCAAAGAGAACUUUCGCACAAGCUAGUGAUCUGCGAUUGAACGAAACAUGCAUUGUCUCAACUGCAGCUCGCUCGCCAAUCUUGAUGUACCUGCCGACAAAGAACUAUGCAAUAUUUAGCAAGCCCAGGCCUUGCGUUUGUAAUGAGGUUAUGAGGGUAUGCCCGUGGCUGAACGAUUGCGUCAGAUCGUAGACGUCCCGGUCAUGUUAGUGAGAACACGCCUCAUAUUCAGAAACAUUCGAAAGGUAGCGGUGGCCAUCUCACCCUCCGCUACGAUACGGAGGACGAUAAACGACCGGAGACUGAGUCCUUGUCGAGGGUAGAGAGAUAGGGGACUGUCACCUUUGCCGGCGCAAGUUCUACGUACUCUGUAAAGCUCUACGGAGUAGUAAUGCUGAUCUUGAGGCUGAGGCCAGG